AUGAGUUCCGAGGAAGCCAACAAAGAAGACGCCAAAGUUCAAGACGCUAAGAUCAUAGCUAAAAAUGCAAUGGAAGCUGCCAAAAGAUCGAAUCCAACCACGAACGUAGUCGAACCGCAGAGCGAAGUUCGUGAGGAUGCAAUCCGUGAAGAAGCGAUCAACGAAGUGCAAAACACUGAUAAUCUAACACAAGAACAGGUAGGAAAAGAAAACCUCUAUGGCAAGGCAAAUGCACUUCUUCGUCACAAUAUGGAGUUUUGGGAUCGUCGGUUGGAUGGGUUGGUCAGUAUACCUGUCACUCGAAAUAAUUUGCUUUCACUGAACAUGGAUCGUGUUGCUGGCAAUGCAAAGAUGGAUCUCCAUGUAGUGUUUAGUUUGAACUUGGUAUAAGA